UAAAGAACAGCGUCUAAUGUAGUGAUCACAGCCAGAAGACAUAUCGAAAGAUUUUCUGCUUAGCCAAAAUAUUAUCAAUCGAGCUUACAAUUGGACCAAGGAAAUCGCCGGAACUGAACUGGAACUAGAAUGCCAAAGUAAGACGAGAUAUUUUUCUCGCUGGGAGAACUGGGAGCUACUAAAGCCCGAGGUGUCGAAAAUGGCUGCCUCUGGCAGUCAAAGCUUGUCUGCCGGCUCGACUACGAGAGCGUUUGCACAAAAACUAAACAAAUUUCGGCGUAAUGGAUCGGCGACUUUCAGCACUCAAUCAAGUACAAGGUCACAAUCGUCCACUUCGAGUUCCUUUAUUCAUCUUGCGGCCGGAACGACUCCUCUUAAUGAAGUUGUGGAACCUCCUGACUUUGAAGAUCUUUUGUUGCAAAAUCAACCUUUCAAUGAAAAUGACCCAAAGAGUAAGAUGCUCGAGUUCCCUGAUGACGACAUAGAAGUGACCACAAUUCCAAGACAAUGUCGCACUGUCAAGCCAUGCUUUCCCAAGGAUACUGGUGCUGAGAACAAUCCACUACUAAAAGACUGCAUUCAUUGUUACACUUCAGAUUGGGCGAUAGUUAAUCGAAGGUAUCAGUUCCGUUGUUCUGAUGAAGGAAGACCAGAUUCAAGGCGUAGAAUAGCACGAACAUCCAGCUUUGUGAGAACACUUCCUACCCAGCUUUAUGAAAUUGAUGAAAAAGGAAAACUUGCAGAUCAGGGAAAGAAUGAAGGACAGCAAAAAGUAUCACAGCAAUCAGGCAAAGGACAGGAUGAGUUACCUCGAGGUAGCUGGGCAUCAAGCAUAUUUGACUUGCAGAUGAGUAAUCCUGAUCCACUUCUGCCUUCUCUUCUCGAACGCACUCCAGCUGAUGAGUUGGACUUGGCUAAUCAAGAAGAACGUCAACUUCGCAGGAUGCACUCCUUAUUUUCUAUUUAUCCUAUUCAGCAGGAAGAAGGAAUAGAAAAGAGGAUUCCUGCCACCAUCCCUCAAGAGCAUUUUGGACAAAGAAUUCUGAUUAAAUGUCUUCAACUAAAGCUUGAUUUAGAGGUGGAGCCAAUAUUUGCAUCAAUGGCUCUCUAUGACGGAAGAGUCAAGAAAAAGAUUUCUGAGAAUUUUUACUUUGACAUGAACAGUGAAUGGUGCAAGAAGCUAGUGGAGGAGCAGAACCCUCGUGUGGAUAUUUCCACUCUCAGUCGUUCAGCAGUAUUUUCCAUUACCUACCCCUCCACUGAUGUGUUCCUUGUCAUCAAGCUUGAAAAAGUUCUACAACAGGGUGACAUUAGUGAAUGUGCAGAGCCGUAUAUGAAAGACACAGAAAACCCUAAGCAUAAAGACAAAAUGCGAACAGCUGCUGUGUUAAACUGUGAGAGGCUUGGCAAGUAUCGCAUGCCUUUUGCGUGGACUGCAAUCCAUCUUAUAGACAUCAUAAGUGGAAACAAAGAUGGCAUUGAUCCAUUGGCAGCAACACCAACACCUGCAUCACAAGAAAAAGACACUUCUUCGGCUGGGACUUCUGUGCGCAGGCAGCUAUCUGGAAUGGCAGAAACACCACCUGUUGUGCCAAGAGGCAGCCGACGGAAGGACAGUGAAAGUGCCUCCAGCAGAAGUUCAGUGAUUGAGGCACGCAAGUCGAUACAUCUGGCAGAUAUCAGUGAAUUUGAAGUUACUCCUGACUUGACAAACUUCAGGCCUGUUACACUUACUGUCAGUAGCUUUUUUAAACAGGAAUCUGAUAAACUAAAAGAUGAUGACUUGUAUAAAUUCUUGGCUGACCUCAAGAGACCCUCUUCAGUAUUAAAGCGUCUGAAGUGCAUACCAGGAACCUUGAAGCUUGACAUCUCCCCACCUGGGGACAAACCACCAUACUGCUUAACUUCUGAGUUACAUCAGGUACAUCCAUAUCCAGAUGGGAAAGCAAGACCAACCAAAGAGAUAGAGGAGUUU